ACAGUGCCAGGGACAGAGGGCAAAGCUAUUGAGAUGCAGUGUGAUGGACACAAUGGGUGCGACAGACUUGCUGUAUCAACAGGCUUUUUGCUGCUCUGGCCAGAAAUAAACCAUAAAUACCCCCACUGGCAUCCACCGACCGCUCGCCAGGCCUCCACAACCACACACACCCUCAAACUGAGACAGGCAGGAGGCAAAAAGACGAGACAAAAGGAAAGACGGAGAGCGUGGCUUGUUCGGGGUGCAGAAAAGCACAAGCCAUCCAGAGAAAACAUGACAGAACAGCAGGGAACCCCAGACCAGCUGCCUGCAGAGAAGGGCCAAGGAGGUGCUGGAGCCACAUAUAAGUUGGCUGUAUUUGAGUUUGAGAACUUUCGCGGGAAAAAGGUGGAGUUGUCCGGCGAGUGUAAAGACGUGUUGGAAAAGACCCCAAGAGUUGGCUCGGUCAUUGUGGAGUCAGGACCAUGGGUAGGGUUCGAAUGCCUAGGCUUUGGUGGGGAGCAGUUUGUCCUCGAGAAAGGAGAGUAUCCUCGGUGGAGCACCUGGACCAGUUGCCAGAGUAGCUACACCCUGAGCUCCUUCAGGCCUCUUAAAGUGGAAAGUGGAGACCACAAGUUGCACCUGUUUGAGAAUGCAGGAUUUGAAGGACGAAAGAUGGAGAUUGUUGAUGAUGACGUACCCAGCCUUUGGGUUCAUGGCUUCCAAGACCGUGUGGCUAGUGCUAAGGCUAUUUCUGGAACGUGGGUGGGAUACACAUAUCCAGGCUACAGAGGGCGCCAGUACGUUUUUGAACAUGGAGACUUCAAGCACUGGAAUGCUUGGGGAGCCACUGCACCUCAGAUCCAGUCCGUCCGACGUGUGCGGGACAUGCAGUGGCAUAAGAGAGGGUGUUAUAUUCCACCUGCCCCAGCCCCUGCCCCUGGUCCUGCUCCAGCUCCCGACCCUUACCCUGCACCACCUAACCCAAAUCCCAGUCCUAAUCCCCAACCUACUCCCAAACCCCAAACUCAACCCCAGCCUUAACAGCACACCUCUGACGACACCCACACUGACUGGGGGAAGCUGAAUGCAGCUGACCAAUCCCCAGUUUCUCCUUCAUGUUCCUUUUUGGGUGAGGCUUCCUGACCACGCAGUUUUGGAAAACUGGAACUGGUAAUAUUGAAACAUGUAUCUCUGCUAGAAAUAAAGGCUUUGGCCCUGAAUUUUGGCUAUAUGCA